CAUUGUAGACCGUAACCAGCUACUAGAAGUCACUGUAUCACUAUGUACAUUGAAAACAACAUGAAUGUUCUUGGUAUGAGCAAAAGGCAAUUGCAGCCAUGGAAUGUAAGCAAUGUACCGAUACCUUGCAUCGAACCCGUAACGCAGUAUUAUGGAAGAGACUACCAUAAUACACAUAAUUUAAUGCCUUGGCGGCCAAAUAUGGGAUACGAAAACGUUGAAGUUAUUCCUUUAGCUACAAAGUCAAUAUCGAACCCAUCGAAUGCUUCGUUAAAAUUCCCGAACAUAGUAACAGGAUAUCAACGUAAUCCUGUACACGCCACAAGAACUGCUCUUAAUACACGAUACACGCCAAACGAAUGGUUCGAAAAACAGGUGAAAUAUUAUAACGAGGCAGACUCGUGUAGGCAUUAUUCAGAAAGAAUACGAAACGAUGCUGUACGUAUUAUUAGAGAUGCAGAAGAAAAAGUGCAACAUGGACAAUACGAUACUGGUAGACGGCUUGGCGAGAGAAUGAACGAUGUUAAUUUUUGGCGAAACGAAGUGGCAUCGGAAUUGGAAAGAUUGCUUCACGAAAUUGAAAGACUUCAAGAUUCUCGUUCCGUUGUAGAAAAAGCGAUUAGAGAUAUAGAGGGUCCGUUGCAUAUCGCGGAGGAAUGUCUUUAUCAUAGAGAAGCUAGACAGGGUACAGAACUUGUGCACGACGAUUCGGAGAAAUGUUUGCUCGGAGAAAUCGAAAUCUUACGUCAAAAUAGAAAAAAGUUGGAGAUUUGUUUGGACAGAUGCAAAGAGCAGCUACGAGACUGCAGGGCCUCUCAAAAUCAGUUGGAAUUGGAUCUGAAAAAUAAAGAAAAUGCAUUAGGAAUAGACGCGAUGUGUCAUCAAUUGAAUAAUUACAGCCAGGGAUUACAGUAUUAUUCCGGAAUUGAAAAAUACGACUCAUGCGUUUCAGAACAGGAAACAUGGGCGGACGCGGCGAACCGAAUAGUUGAAAAGUCUCAGACAGAAAGAAAUAGAUCUUGUCAGCUGAGAACGAACGUAGAGGUUCUUGUAAGUAAAGUUGCGCAAGAAAUGUGGGAUGCAUGGAGCAACACAAACAAUGCCUUGGCGUAUAGAUCCUCCGAAUUACUCGAAGCCAAAACCACGCUCCAACAGCAUUUACAGAAGGUACAACACGAAAUAUUCGACGUGGAGAAGAACUUGGAAUUAAUGCGCAAAGCCAUUGCAGAUAAAAGUCAUGUAUUUAAAGUAGCUCAUACCAGAUUAGAAGCUAGAAUGCAUCGGCCGGAUUUAGAGCUGUGUCGUGAUUAUGCUCACAUAAGCCUUCAAAAAGAGAUCGACGAUAUAAAGCAUCAAGUGGAGAGAAUGCACAGGGCAUUACGAGAGUUGGAGAAUCAGCACCAGAAAUUAUUACGAACACGAACAAAACUGGAGCACGAUCUUGCGCUUAAGAUCGACGCGUUGUAUAUCGAUCGAGAAAAAGUUUCUAGCCUUAGACGCGCUUAUCCAAUCAAUGUUCUAUUUAGAUUUUAAUGCUUUGUUAUGGAUAGCUGUUCUAUAUCAGCGAUUUUCGAUCACUUUUAGUAUAGUAACGAUAUAUGAUUGAAAAUCGUUGUUCCACACUGUUGAAAUGUACUCCUAACGAAAUUUAGGCAAA